CCAGCCCAAGGACAGCCCAGUCCCACUGAUUCUCAAAUAGCUAGACUCCAUAGCAGAACAAGCGCUCGCCCUAUUCCGGCGCGAAACCCUUCUUCUUCAACCCUAUUCUCGCACGAAGCCCUUCGUCUUCCACACUUCGAACCAGCAUGAGCCCUUCGCCGCUUCACGAGUUUGUCAGGAGCUUACCCUUCCAACCAGCAGCAGGAGCUUCGUGAGUUGGUCUUCCACACUGCGAACCACCAGGAGCCCUUCGCGAGUUUGUCAGGAGCUUCGUGAGUUCGUCGUUGACAUUUCGAACCAAAAGGAGCUCUUCGCAAGCUCGUCUUCAAGCCUUCGUGAGUUCAUCUGCUUCGAAGUUUGAACUCGUUCAAUUUCUCAGGGGACUUGCAUUAAUGGGUGAGUUGCCUAUACAAAAGCCUUCCUCUGCCUUGGCGUUGCCAGGGUCUCAGGCUCAGGAAGACCAAGGAUCAACUUUUAAAGCUUCUGGAGAUUCAAAGCCAAAGAAAAAGAUUUGCUGUGCUUGUCCUGAUACUAAGAAGCUGAGAGAUGAAUGCAUUGUAGAGCAUGGUGAAGCUGCUUGUACAAAAUGGAUUGACGCUCAUCGUAAGUGUCUUCGUGCUGAGGGCUUCAACGUUUGAAAUUUUCGUAGAAAAUAGUUUAGAUAAAGUGGGAGAUGAAACAAGUUUUGGGAACUAAUUCUUCACUUAGGAAUUAUAAUUAUACCUGAUGAUAUAAGUUUUACUGAAAAAUCAGGAAUAAAGCAACGGAGAUUGGCUUGUUGAACUGAUGGAAGGUAGCCAAAUUUUUUUUUUUUUUGUAUACUUUCAUAUUCUUGAAUUAUGAGGUUGUUACCUCUACUUAUAAAAAAACAGAAAGUGGAGAAAAAGCAGUAAUUAGCAUGUAUUUGCAUGCCCUGCUUUCUUUGCCUUUUCAUUGAGUUGAUUAGAAUGGGGAGCAGUUGGCCUCAAAAUUUUUGCAGGCUUUCUUGAA